UUUUCUUUGUUCUUCGAAGUCGAAGCCGGAAAGUGCGAACUCAACGACGAACUCACGAAGCAGCGAAGCUGUCUGACUGUCUCGCCCACGCCGCAGCCAUAGCUAAGUUGUCUCAGUGCUUGUAUUGUUGAAUUUGUCGGCGACCAGCAACUAAACACGAGUACUGAGGGUUUUAGUCUUUUAGAGCUCUCAUUUUCUUCUCCGGCGAGCAGAGGUUUCUUCUCAGCGAUGGAGUACGUUAGCCCCGAAGGUCUUCGCUUGGACGGUCGCCGACCUCUCGAGAUGAGGCAGCUUCGUGCCGAAAUAGGUGCAGUUGCCAGAGCUGACGGCUCUGCUGUCUUUGAAAUGGGUAACACCAAAGUGAUUGCUGCAGUGUAUGGCCCUAGGGAGGUUCAAAAUAGGAGCCAACAAAUCAAUGACCAGGCUCUGGUUCGCUGUGAGUAUAGCAUGGCAAACUUUAGUACGGGUGAUAGGAUGAGGAAACCAAAGGGUGACAGGAGAUCCACUGAGAUAUCACUAGUUAUUCGUCAAACAAUGGAAGCUUGCAUUUUGACGCAUCUAAUGCCUCGUUCUCAGAUUGACAUUUUUGUCCAAGUUAUCCAAGCUGAUGGAGGAACAAGAUCAGCAUGCAUAAAUGCUGCCACAUUGGCACUUGCUGAUGCAGGGAUUCCUAUGCGUGAUAUUGUUACUUCCUGUAGUGCUGGGUACCUAAAUAGUACCCCUCUUCUUGAUCUAAACUAUGUCGAAGACAGUGCUGGUGGGCCCGAUGUCACUGUUGGGUUUCUACCUAAGCUGGAUAAAGUUACCCUUCUGCAGAUGGAUGCUAAAUUAUCAUUGGAUACUUUUGAAAACGUUAUGCAACUAGCAAUAGAGGGCUGCAAAGCAGUGGCAAACUAUAUCCGUGAGAUAUUAUUAGAAAACACCAAACAAUUGGAAUGCCGGCGAGGCCUAUAGAUUUACUGACUGAUUGAGCUGAAUCCCAAUCAAAUUUUGGAGGAGAUAGAAAGCUUCAUAUUUCGGCAAUGAUCAUUCUGACUCGUUAGUGCUCUCUACAAUGAGAUCCCAAAUGAAUACAAAUUAUUGCUGUCAUUGCUUUUCUUGGCUAAAGGUUUUAGAAUGUUUUGUUUCCAUCUUUGCACUCUGGAGACAAAAAACAACCUCAAAGUCUCUUAAGUUGUAACAUUAUCAACUAAAAUUUGGACUGAAAAAUUCUUCCUUUA